AGUCUGGGGACAGCUGGUCCUGGAGGCAGAGCCUGAGUCCUGUGUCUCUGCCCCCUGAGGCUAAGAGAGAUUGCCAGAGUCCACUAUGCAAGAGCCUAGAACACAAUCUUGGUCCUCACUGCUGUUUGGUUCCAGUACCACCAGCCCGUGACCCUGCUGGCCGCAGCUGGUGACCUGGUUCUCUUCCAGUCUGAGGCAGAAGUGUCCCCAGAGAGAUGGCGGAACAGCACGGAGCACCUGAGCAGGCUGCAGCUGGCAAGAGCCAUGGAGGCCUUGGGGGCAGCUACAAGGUGACGGUGUACGAGUUAGAGAACUUCCAGGGCAAGCGGUGUGAGCUCUCGGCUGAGUGUCCCAACCUCACUGACAGCCUGCUGGAGAAGGUGGGGUCCAUCCAAGUGGAGUCUGGACCGUGGCUGGCAUUCGAGCGCAGGGCCUUUCGUGGGGAGCAGUUUGUCCUGGAGAAGGGGGACUACCCUCGCUGGGAUGCCUGGUCCAGCAGCCGACGUAGUGACAUUCUCCUGUCCCUCCGGCCUUUGCACAUUGAUGGCCCAGACCACAAGCUGCACCUGUUCGAGAACCCAGCCUUCAGUGGGCGCAAGAUGGAGAUCGUAGAUGACGAUGUGCCCAGCCUGUGGGCCCAUGGCUUCCAGGACCGUGUGGCCAGCAUCCGAGUCAUCAACGGGACGUGGGUGGGCUACGAGUUCCCUGGCUACCGCGGGCGCCAGUACGUGUUCGAGCGGGGCGAGUUUCGCCACUGGAAUGAGUGGGACGCCAACCAGCCGCAGCUGCAGUCGGUGCGCCGCAUCCGCGACCAGAAGUGGCACAAGCGUGGCUGCUUCCUGAGCAGCUGAGGACUCCCAGGAGCCAACGCCUGUGUCCCCUCCUGAACCUGCUCAAUAAAGCCCACCAGCCACGC